GGGGGGGGGGGGGGGGGGGGGGGGGGAGAAAACAAAAGGAAGAGUUACGCCUUGAUGUUAUAGUGAAGUUGGGACUUGGGAGCAGCCACCAUAGACUUGUGCAUUCUGCAUUGAAGCGUAGAGAAGAAGAGAAGAAGCAACAGCAAUGGGUUGGAUCGGAGAGACUAUGGAUUCCAUCAAAUCUCUUCAGAUCCGGCAGGUUCUCACUCAGGCUGUUAGCCUCGGCAUGAUUGUUACGUCUGCGUUGAUAAUAUGGAAGGCAUUGAUGUGCAUUACUGGCAGUGAAUCUCCUGUUGUCGUUGUUCUUUCUGGAAGCAUGGAACCAGGAUUCAAGCGGGGAGACAUCUUAUUCCUGCACAUGAGUAAAGAUCCAAUUCGGGCGGGGGAGAUUGUUGUGUUUAAUGUGGAUGGACGUGAGAUUCCAAUUGUUCAUCGUGUAAUUAAGGUACACGAAAGGGAGGAUACUGGGGAGGUUGAUGUUCUCACAAAAGGAGACAACAAUUAUGGGGAUGACAGGCUAUUGUAUGCUCAUGGUCAGCUUUGGCUGCAAAGGCACCACAUAAUGGGUAGAGCUGUCGGGUUCUUACCUUACGUGGGCUGGGUGACCAUUAUUAUGACUGAAAAGCCUAUUAUCAAGUAUAUUCUCAUUGGUGCUUUGGGGUUGCUCGUGAUAACUUCAAAAGAUUAAAUGAAUAUUCCAAAAUCAAACUGCGGCCUAAACUCCGAUGGUAGUAUGAGCAGAUGUCAUGCUUUUCUUGAAGGUGUCAUUUUGUACCAUUCAUAGUAUGGGGACUAUAUAAUGUUAAGAAUUAAUGAAAAAUAGUUGAAUUUUGAUAUUUACCUUGAUGAGUUGGCAUCUGAUUGAA